UGUCUUGUAAAAUGGCUGACGUUUCUUGUAGGCUGAUGAAGGUGAAAGUGCGAUGCCCGGGUAAAGUGAUAUUGUUUGGCGAGCACGCCAGUGUGUACGGUUACCCCUCUCUGGUCACCACUGUCUCAGCUUAUACCCAGGUAGAAAUAGAACAGCUGAUAGAACCUGUAAUCAGAUAUGAAGCCCCAGCAUUCGAUUUCAAGUUGGAGUGUAAGGUGACACUGUUUGAUGAUGUGACCCCUAUCAGAGAUGAAGUGUCUGAGAAACAGGCCUGUCAGCAGAUCAGACACAUUCUCUCACAAAAACAGAGCGUCACAGAAGAAAGUUGGUUUCUCCUCCUUUAUUUCUACCACAAGAUUGUACCUCACACUGACCGAUCCCGAUUCGGAAUUAAAGUAACCGCUACAACCGACCUCUGGCCCGGCGCAGGUAUGGGUUCCUCAGCCUCCUACUGCUGCAGUCUCGCCCUAGGAUUGUUAACACUUUGUAAUGGAGACAUUUCUUCUGCGAACAUUAACAGAAUCUCUUACCAGGGCGAAAAGGUAUUUCACGGCACCCCCUCCGGAGUAGACAACACCGCCUGCACCUUUGGAGGAUGUAUGAUGUACAACAAAACCCGGCAGAAGGACUUCUGUCCAGUUCCCGCCAAAACCACCCCUCGUCUCUUGGUUAUAAACUCUAAACAAGUCCACAACACAGCCGCUAUAGUCGGCCAAGUUCGACUACAGCACCACAAGCUCACUAACACUUUCCAGCGCAUCGGUGAGAUAGCACUGGAGGGGGAGGAGCGCCUGCGGGCAGGCAGGGAUAUCAGCGCCCUGAUUACAGAGAACCAUAACCUGCUGAACAGUCUGCCUGCAGUCUCUAACCAGCACACUGACAGAAUAGUACAGAUCUGUCGGGACUAUGGGGUGUCUGCUAAGAUUACAGGAGCUGGAGGGGGCGGGGUUGUUAUUGGCAUCAUCAACCAGCACACUCACAACUUGGGGGAUCUGAUCAAAAGUCUGAAAAUUGCGGGGUAUGAAGUGCUGAAGGACCUGGAGACUGGUGUUGCGGGAGUGCACGUGGUUGAGGAGGACACAUAUCUGCACUGUUCUGAGUGGACAGAGUGUUCCUCUUAAGUAAGGGUGCAUUUAGGUUAUAUCGUCCUACUCUGGACAAGUGCUGGAAUACCAGUAACAACACUCAUAGGCAUUUUAGCUCACUUUUAUAUAGGCAAAAUAUUAUAUUAUAUGG